AUGUCGACUACCAUCUUCUUCUUGUUCUUGUUCUUUUCUUUCUUCUUGCCUAAGCAACACGCUUUGGCGGACGAAGAAUCAAAGGAUAUCAGUUGGUGGUGCAACACAACCCCUCACCCCGAGCCUUGCAAUUACUUCAUGGGGCGUAAUCCAGAAAGGUCCAAACCUAAAUCGCGGGAGGAUUUCAGAACAAUGACGAUACGAGUAGCUAUGGAUCGUGCCCUCUACGCGCAAACUGAUGCCCAAUCAUUAGGACAAGGUUGUCGCAGCAAAAGAAGGUUGGUUGCAUUGAGGGAUUGUCGUAAUCUCAUUGAUGAUACGAUUAUCCAAUUGAAUAGUACCCUACAAGGCAUCCAGACCAAUAACAGUUUCACUGAUUUUGAUGCACAAACCUGGCUAAGUACUGCUCUUACGUACAUUGAAACUUGUCACGCAGGAUCCCUCGAAUUGAAUGUGUCAAAAUUCAUAUCCCCUAUCGUACCAGGCAAUGUUUCAGAGCUUAUAAGCAAUAGCUUAGCCAUUAAUGGUGGGUUAUUGGAUCAGGCACCGGAGCAAACAGAUGACGAAUUUCCUAGUUGGGUUACUUCUCGUGAAAGAAACUUGUUGACGGAUAUCCAGUUGGCUUCACGGGCAAAUGUGAUAGUAGCUAAAGAUGGAUCAGGAGGUUUCAGGUCAAUUCAGGCAGCUAUAAAUUAUGCAACUUCAAGAAGGGUUGGGAAUCGGAGGGUAGUUAUAUACAUCAAAAGAGGCGUUUAUAGAGAGAAUAUUGCAAUAAGCAGAACGAUGAAUAAAGUGAUGCUGGUUGGUGAUGGAUUGAGAUAUACAAUAAUCACAGGCAGCAGAAGUGUUCCUCAGGGGUUCACGACGUACAGUUCUGCAACUGUUGGGGUUGAUGGAAUUGGAUUUAUUGCCCGUGGCAUCACGUUCAGGAACACGGCCGGGCCAAACAACGGUCAGGCAGUCGCCCUCCGGUCAGCCUCCGAUCUCUCCGUCUUCUACGCCUGCGGCUUCGAAGGAUACCAAGACACGCUUUUUGUCCAUGCACAACGUCAAUUCUAUAAAGCGUGUUACAUAUAUGGCACCAUAGACUUCAUAUUUGGCAAUGCUGCUGUAGUUUUCCAAAAUUGCAUUAUUUACGUCAGAAAACCCUUAGUAGGUCAAGCGAAUGUAAUAACUGCUCAAGGAAGAGGUGACCCUUUUCAGAACACCGGAAUUUCGAUCCACAACUCGCGGAUCACGGCGGCGCAGGACCUUAAACCGGUGGUGGCGCAAUUCAAAACCUACCUCGGCCGGCCGUGGCAGCAGUAUUCAAGAACUGUAAUUCUCAAAUCUUUUAUUGACAGUUUGGUGACUCCAGAUGGGUGGAUGAGAUGGCAAGACUCAAAUUUUGCCUUGUCCACUUUGUACUACGGAGAAUACAAUAAUUUUGGACCGGCGGCGGGCACCAGAAACAGGGUCAAGUGGCCGGGUUAUCAUGUUAUAACUAGUGCAAAUGUGGCAUCCCAGUUCACUGUUUCGAACCUUAUAGCUGGCCGUGGAUGGCUGCCGUCCACCGGUGUGCCAUUUACUGCGGGACUCUGA